UCUGUCCCAGAUCAGGACCAGGCGAGUUUUUCGGACGACUCUGUGGAAGAGGAUUUCUGACACAGCGGGGAUAUGAAGGUACCGCGGCCGAGGCUGGAGAACAUACAGCAGACGUUCGUGGGAACGCUUAACGCGAACGUGUAGAGGAGUCUGAUUUUAUUUCAGACUGAUACCGAACACAUUCUAGGCGCGGAACGAAACACGUUUGAGGUUCCGAUCUUGCACGCGCGCGCGGAGUUCUGCAGGAUCCGUGGAGAGACUGAGCGCCUUUCGUCCCAGUUCAGCAGCGCCGGUUCGGCGGGACGGGCUGGAGCCUGUGCGCUCAGAGAGGGAGAGAGAGAGUGCGUAAAAAUAACACUGGCUAAGACGCGCUCCAUUCCGCGGGUGCGCUGACAUUUCAAACGCCAGUUUGGGUGGCAACCCGCAACAAAACCCGAGCAGGCUGUGGAAACGGUGCCAUCCCAUCCUGUCCUGUUGCCAUGGUGACCCCGCCGAAAGUCCGAUGAGGAUACGAUUUUGAAGCGCACUUGGCAAGCCUCACCUGAGCGAGUAUCCCUGAUAAACAGCUCAUGUCCCAAGUCAUUCCGGGCCACGCGGCCGUCUAUUAAAAGAUCUCGCUCGUGCUGUCGCUCGGACUAUUUAUGCGCGGGUGUGUGAGGGCGCAGUGAGGGCCAACUCCACUCCGUAGACAGACAGAAGACGAGUAAUGGGCAGCAUCACCCGCGCGCUGCCGCUGCUGCUGUUGCUCCUGUGCGCGCACGGCGCCGCGGCCCAGCACUACUUGCGCCUGAGGCCCUCGCCCAGCGAGCAUCUGCCCGUCCCGGACCUCAGGGAGGACCCCGACCCGGAGCACGACCCACGCGAGCAGGACCUCUCGGAGAAGACGCUGCGCAAGAAGCUGGGCAGCCACUUCGACUCCAACUUCAUGUCCAUCCACCUGCCCACGCAGCUGAACGCCAGCGCGCCGCCGGACCUGCCGCGCCUGCCCAUGCCCGCCGACCUCAAGAAGCUCAACCUGACGGAGACGCCGUACGGCAGGCGCGUCAAGGUGGGCAAGAAGGCGCGGCGGAAGUUCCUGCAGUGGCUGUGGAUGUACACGCACUGCCCGGUGCUGUACACUUGGAAGGACCUGGGCGCGCGCUUCUGGCCGCGCUACAUCAAGGAGGGGAACUGCUUCAGCGAGCGCUCGUGCUCCUUCCCCGAGGGCAUGUCCUGCAAGCCGGUCAAGUCGGUGACCAAGACCUUCCUGCGGUGGUACUGCCAAGGCUUCCUGCGGCAGAAGUACUGCACGUGGAUACCGGUGCAGUACCCUAUCAUCUCCGAGUGCAAAUGCUCCUGCUGA